CUCGGGCUAAGAUGGGUGCCUUUCGCUGGGAGUUUCUCUUGGGUGCAGUUUUGGUUCUAGGUUUGGGCUUGGCACAUUGUUUUCUGGUAUUUCCGCGUCAGGGAUCCUUUGGUUUACUGGCUGCCGUGGCCAUUCCACUGGAAUUGGGGCCCAAAAAUGUGUACAUGGCCUUCAACUUUGAGUCCAACUAUGCACUGCCUUCCAACGAUUCCUACAAUCAGUGGAUUGACAGGUGGGAUUUGGAUGAUCACUAUCUGGGCGUCGGAGGCAAUGUGACACCGAUAAAUGCCCGCCAGGAUGGAGGUGACUUUCCACAGGACGAGGACAACGAGGUGAGGCGUCGCUCGGUGGGAUCCCCGCCACCCUUCAGGCGCCACAACUUCUACCGCAGCAUUAUAAACAUCCUGACCCACUACGGAUUCAAUGGCUCCGCCUGCCUGCUGCGAACAAUCUGCGAGGUCAGCGAAUCGCCCCUGGAUGCCCAAAACGGGCUGCUGGGCAGCCUGUUUCAGAUUCUAUUCAUGCCAACGACAAGUGCCGCGGAGUGGGAACUGCAGCACGUGGACGGGCUCUACGAGGCCUCCGAUGCGGGCACGCAUGGCCCGGGUUGCUCCGAGUACGUGGCCCACUGCGGACACAGUGCUCUGGACCUGAUAAGCAUUGUGCUCUGAAUAACCAUGGUGGCGACUGCAUUUAAAUUUAAACUUUAACUCAAGCCAAAUGCAGUAUAAAAGCAGGAAGAAUGAAGUAAAAAAUGUAUAUCAACUAUGUUCAUUAGUUUCAGAGUUGUUCCACAUUAAACAAAAUAAAACAAAGUAUAUUGCUUAGGCCUUCAAAAUAUGAAAAAGUUGAACAACAAAAAAUUAUUUUUAUAAAAUACAAUUUUUCUUCGAGUGCUAAGCCACAUGCAGUCUGGGUUCAAAGGUUGUGUUGAUAUUAUUUUUAAGAAACCUUGAGAGCUUUGGAAUUUCCAGGACACCUCCUGCUGCGGCGUGAAAUGUUUUAAUUUCGCUUAAAGCGCUUAAAGACGACAACGCAAUGUGGUGGCAAACAAAGCAGAUGAGGCCAAAAAAAAAGGAGUCCUAAGCUGGCCGCAUGGAUCUGGUUUGGAUUUCGGCAUGCUUAGGGGUUUUUCAGAUGGGUUUACCUCACUUUGGACAUGUGAUGAUGCCUCCUCCUCUGCAUUAUGUUUUCGAGUUCGGUGCUCCGCUUUUUGUUAGCUCUUUGAUCGCUUUUUCCGCUCCUUUUGUGCAGAUGAAGUCGCCCCUGCUCCGCAUCCUUUGUCUGAGUGUAUUUUGCGGUCUCCUUCUUUUCGGCGGCCUGUCAACAAUACCAUAGAGGAGUCUCCUUUUCCUUUCUGGUUUGUUUGUUUGCUAUUUCUUUGAUUCGAUUUGCCGCCUUUAAGGAGCCCCGAACGAGUCCUGGUCCUGGGGUGAGAGCGAAUUACGCCUUCUUUGAUUUUGCCAAGCCAUUGAAAUCAUAAUUAGAAGACAAAUGAUUUCUCUGUUCUUCUCAAGAUCCCCGAACAAUGGCCAGGCAUCGAAGCUGAAGUGCUUAUAUGCGCCACUGUUUGAGAAAGGUUUAUAAAAAUAAAUAUAUGGCAAAAACAACUUGGGCACUAAUAAGCUUAGACGAUGUGUGGAAAGAGUUGGAGUUUGAGUACAAAGAGAAUCGAGAUGGGGGUAGGUCCGAUCCCAAAAAUAUAUUUGCUUUAAUUGUUUGCAUAAACACAAUUUUUUCACUACCAAUUCUUAUAUUUUUUCCACUCAAAUUUGAUGUCUUUAAUAUUUCGUUGUUAUAUGUAAGUAGCCGUCAGUUCUAGGGGUACUACAAAUAAAAUAUUGUAAAAGUACAUGCCAAACAUUCUAUGUUCUUCCUGCUUUUCCUGCAUUCUUUGUAUUUUUUAAGGGCUUACCAGGCGUUUUUGAGGAUCUAUUACUAGCUUAUCACUUCAUAAGCUCCUAUCUGAAAUGACUAAAAAUUCCAUCCAUCAUUUGUGAUCCAACGUUUCCUCCUUAAAUAUAUCUACACUGCCCUCCACAGACAUUUCAUAUCGCCAUCUUGCUGUAUCUCAAUUGUGGGAUCAUAAAAGACAACCAUCAAAUGUGAUCCAUCUCCUCCAAAUUCCUAUGUUUUUAUGACUCAUUCUGCAGCUCAUUUCGUCACUUGAACAUGGUUUGGAUGUCUGAGUUGUCUCCUUUGAUUUACGGCCAGCCUGAGAUGUCAAUUUAGUUGUGUGUUCUGUUUUUAAACUUGGCAUUGACACUGCUCCUAUACCAUUUUAAUGGGGUGCAGGCAGGUGUUAAGGAGGUUGGAACCCGCGAUCCCGCGAUCCCGCUUCCUGUGUUGCGGUUAGCCAUGGAACUAC